CCAAACCAUGAACUUCUCAAAAUGAAAAAUAAAUGAUAAAGAAAAUAUAAUCUAAAUUUUGCUGUUCUUUUGUCAAAAUAAUUUUUAAAAAAACUACUUAUAAUUUCAUAAUAUACUGAUCGUUCCCAUUGAUGCCAGAGACUAGCAAUAUCGUAAUUGAUAUUAGAAUGAGAGGAAGAAAAAAUUCAAAUGGUGAAUUAGAUGAGGCUGCUAUUGCUUUGAAGAAGAAUUCUAGAAAACCUAAAGGUUCAAAGUUCUCACAACAAGAGCUUCCUGCUUGUAAACCUAUUCUAACUCCAGGUGAUUGCAUCAUUCACUAUAGUUGGUGUUAUCUUCCUUCCUCUUGGCCUCGCAUCUUUGUUUGCAUCACAAAGUGUAAUGUGGUGGAGAUUGUAGAUCGCUAUGACAGAGAUUGCCUUCCUAGUAAUUAUAGCAACACUCCACUUCAAUUUAUACAGAGCAGUAAAUUAGACAAAACUUGUACAAGAACGUUGACUGUUCCAAAGCCAAUGAAAAGUCCAGUUUAUGUGUAUUAUCAGCUUGAUAAUUUCUUCCAAAAUCAUCGUCGAUAUGUAAGAAGUAGAAGUGACAAACAGCUGAAGAGCAGACAAAGUGAGGGAGUAGUAAGCACAUGUAAACCUGAAGACAGUGACAACGGAAAGCCGAUAGUACCAUGUGGCCUUGUCGCGUGGAGUUUAUUUAACGACACUUAUUCAUUUACGGUGCAAAACAAGGCGGUACAGGUUAAUAAGAAGGACAUUGCUUGGAAAAGCGACAAACAAAGUAAAUUUGGCUCUGAUGUCUUUCCUAAAAAUUUCCAAGCUGAUGGUCUUAUUGGAGGUGGAACCCUCAAUUCCAGUAUUCCUCUAAGUGAACAAGAAGAUCUAAUAGUUUGGAUGCGUACGGCAGCAUUGCCAACUUUUAGAAAACUAUACGGAAGGAUUGAGACAGAUCUUGAAGCUAAUGACGUAAUUGAAGUCCAAAUCCAAAAUAACUAUAACUCAUAUGGCUAUGGAGGCAAGAAGAAGUUAGUUCUCUCAACCACCACUUGGAUUGGUGGAAGAAACGAUUUUCUAGGCGUCGCGUAUCUAUUUAUUGGUGGAUUAAACUUGCUCUUGGCAAUGUUCUUCAUCCUUGUGUAUGUUUUUAAGCCAAGGCCUUCAGGGGACCCAAGCUAUCUGUCGUGGAACAAGCACACGACAAAGAGUACAAAUUAGGCUGACUUGAACAACUUUCAAUUAUACUAUUAAUUACUGCUAAAGCAUCAACUAUACUUCAUCUUCUUGCCAAUAUGAAGCUUCAACGUAUUAAUUUUUCUCGAUACAUCCAAAUCGAAUUUGGUAUACAGAGUUAUGACAUAGCCAUUAUUCUGGUGUUUUUAAUAUACUUUUAAAUGAUAGUUGUGUCUAUUUUAUA